AUUAAUUCCGUAAUUUGGCCGUUGCAAGAAACCAAUUUUCUCUCAUUUUCAGUGAUUUUCUUUCUUCCAUUUUUCACUUUCAGGAAAUUUGUAAACUAAUUUGCAGAGUAAUUAUUAACGGCGGAUGGAAGCGCACGGCGCCGGGAUCCGGCGAGUGCUAGUUUUGGCGUUUUGCGUCGCCGGGAUCUGGUCGGCUUACAUUUAUCAAGGUGUUCUCCAGGAAACACUGUCAACAAAACGAUUCGGUCCGGACGGGAAAAGAUUUGAGCAUCUGGCAUUUCUAAAUCUGGCACAAAAUGUCAUCUGCUUAGUUUGGUCUUACAUAAUGAUUAAGAUUUGGGCCAGAAGUAGUUCAGGCGGUGCGCCUUGGUGGACAUAUUGGAGUGCAGGCAUUACCAAUACCAUUGGCCCUGCGAUGGGCAUUGAGGCGUUAAAAUAUAUCAGCUACCCCGCUCAGGUCUUGGCAAAAUCCUCUAAAAUGAUUCCCGUCAUGUUGAUGGGAACUUUAGUUUAUGGCAUCAGAUACACUUUUCCCGAGUAUUUAUGUACUUUUCUUGUUGCUGGAGGAGUAUCGACAUUUGCACUGAUGAAGACUAGCUCGAAAACCAUCAGCAAGCUCGCACAUCCAAAUGCACCUCUAGGAUAUGGGCUUUGCUGUUUGAACCUUGCAUUUGAUGGAUUUACAAAUGCUACUCAAGAUUCACUUACGGCAAGGUACCCAAAAACAAGCGCCUGGGAGAUAAUGUUGGGAAUGAAUUUAUGGGGUACCAUAUAUAAUAUGCUUUACAUGUUCGGUUUGCCACAGGCCAUUGGAUAUGAAGCAAUUCAGUUCUGCAAACAGCAUCCGGAGGCAGCGUGGGACAUUUUUCUCUAUUGUCUAUGUGGUGCAGUGGGCCAGAAUUUCAUCUUUCUUACAAUUAGCAGAUUUGGGUCUCUUGCUAACACCACUAUCACCACAACGCGUAAAUUUGUCAGCAUUGUGGUGUCUUCUCUGAUGAGCGGCAAUCCUCUGUCAAUAAAACAAUGGGGUUGCGUUUCCAUGGUGUUCUCGGGAUUGUCAUACCAGAUCUAUCUCAAGUGGAAAAAGUUGCAGAAGCUGCAGAAGAAGAGAAAGGCUACAUGAACUAAAGAGUGAUUAUAACAAUUUUGUAUGUUAUUUUAUAUUUGACAUUUUUCAGCACUUUAUUUAAAUCAUGUGAUAUGGACAUUGUAACUAGAAGGUUCAAUAGUUUAAAGUGUAGACAACAGGUAGAAAUUGGUAAAGUUUAAAAAUAUAUCAAUCAGCAAGUAACAAGCUCUGAGUAAAUGUGAUAUUUGUUUUUUUGUGCUCCUUUAA